AUGCCACCUAGACUACCUCUGAAGGGCUUCUUGGCUGCUGCCCGGUCUGCUUUGGCAGCUCCUCCAGCCCAGAGAUCAGGGCCUCUGACCCUGGUGAUUGGCAAUGAGUCUGCAGAUCUUGAUUCUCUCUGCUCAGCCGUGGUGCUGGCGUAUAUCCGGUCCAACACAUCCCCCCACACUCUGCACAUUCCCCUCUCAAACAUUCCCCGGUCUGAUCUUGUUCUCCGAACUGAGAUGACCGAUGUCCUGCAGCGAGCUGGACUCGCACCCACAGACAUCCUCACGUUAUCUGAACUGCCCGAUCUCAAGCCCGAAGAUACAGAGUGGUUCUUGGUAGAUCACAACGCCUUGACGGGCGACUUGCGGAAAUUCCAGUCCCGAGUCAUCGGUUGCAUCGACCACCACGUCGAUGAGAACGUCACCAGCACUGACAUCAAGCCACGCAUCGUCGAGCCCUGCGGAAGUUGCAUGAGUCUCAUCAUUGAAGAAUCUCGUGCAGCAUGGGAUUCCUUUGCCCCGCUAGAAACCGAAGACGUCGCUGACGAGGACGACAAUCUGGCGAAACUUGCCCUAGCGCCUAUUCUCAUCGACACGCUUGACCUCAAGGAAGAGCACAAGGUCAAGGAAAAGGACAUCCUUGCAGCCCAAUAUCUGCACACAAAACUCUGUCAUCACCAUUUCCACCAAAAUAAAUUCUUCAAGGAAAUCACUGCUGUCAAGGAGGAUAUCUCGAAACUUAGCUUCUAUGAUAUUUUCCGCAAGGAUUACAAGGAGUGGGAAGAAGCGGGCCUCAAGCUGGGCAUAAGCUGCAUUGUCCAAAACUUCGAUUACUUGCUUGACAAGGCCAAAAACCCUCACGUCUUCAUCGACGAAUUGGCUUCAUUUGCCAAGGAAAGGAAGCUCGAUGUCGCAAGUGUCAUGACCACGUCGGAUCCAGGCGGCGAAUUCCAGCGUCAUCUCCUUGUGUGGGGGAUUACUGACAGGGGAGUGGUGGCCGCGAAGAAUUUCCCCAGUGUUGCAAAGAGCUUGAAGCUGGAGCAGUGGAAGGACGGGUUGUUGGAUGGCGAUGAUGGUAAGAGAAAGACGUGGAGGCAGAAGGAUCUAUCUGCGAGCAGGAAGCAGGUUGCGCCUUUACUUCGAGAUGCCCUGAAGACGGUUGAUGGGACGUCUCAGUCACAGCUGUAG